AUGUCGAAGCGAGGACGCGGAGGAUCGGCGGGUAACAAGUUCAGGAUGUCGCUGGGUCUGCCUGUGGCGGCGACAGUGAACUGCGCCGACAACACGGGAGCGAAGAACCUGUACAUCAUAUCCGUUAAGGGCAUAAAGGGCCGCCUCAACAGGCUCCCCUCCGCCUGCGUCGGCGACAUGGUGAUGGCCACCGUGAAGAAGGGGAAGCCCGAUCUCCGCAAGAAGGUUAUGCCCGCCGUCAUCGUCCGCCAGCGCAAGCCUUGGAGGAGAAAGGACGGUGUUUACAUGUACUUCGAAGACAAUGCUGGUGUCAUUGUGAAUCCCAAGGGUGAAAUGAAAGGUUCAGCAAUAACCGGACCUAUUGGGAAGGAGUGUGCUGAUCUAUGGCCGAGGAUUGCUAGCGCUGCGAAUGCUAUCGUCUAA